AUGGCCAACAAUGCGCAGGCCUGGAGGGCUGGACAGCACCCCGGGUACGAAGAGACUGCAUGGGCCGGUAUUCAGCAGACGAUCGACGUGAUUGCUCAGAAAGGCAUCAAGGUUGUAAUCAACGGGGGAGCGUUAGACCCGAAGGCUCUAGCAUUAAGGGUGCAGGAUCUGGUCUCGGAGAAGGACCUGAAUCUUCGUGUGACAUACCUAACAGGGGAUGAUUUGUACGAUCGUCUCGGACCAAAUAUGCCUAGAUCAAAAGAGGAACUCCUGCAUCUUGACUCUGGAAAUCCCGCUGUGGUCCUCUCUAAUUUGACCUUCGCCUUUCUGAACAACCCCGAAUUGGCACCUGUUCCUAUGGUGUCUGCACAUGCAUACCUUGGUGCCCGCGGUAUUGUGGACGGACUCCGCCGCGGCGCAGAUAUCAUCAUCUGUGGACGUGUCUCCGAUGCCAGCCCAGUCGUCGCUGCCGCUUGGUUCUGGCACGACUGGACAGAGACGGACUAUGAUCGACUGGCGGGAGCUUUAAUCGCGGGUCAUCUGAUUGAAUGUUCGGCAUAUGUGACCGGUUCCAACUUUGCAGGAUUCGACCAGUACCCCUUAGAAAACCUCGUUGCCCCUGGUUUCCCUAUCGCGGAAAUUGAAGCGGAUGGCACCUGCGUUAUCACAAAGCAUGAGGGUACUCAAGGCAUGGUCAAUGUCGAUACCGUGAGGUGUCAGUUCCUAUAUGAGUUGCAGGGGAAUAUCUACUUGAACAGCGAUGUCACUGCGCACAUUGGCGAUAUCACCGUUGAGGAAGCGGCAGUCGACCGGGUCCGCGUAUCUGGAGUCACUGGGUCUCCACCAUCUCCUACCACGAAGCUUGCUGUAUUCUAUCGAGGAGGGUACGAAGCUGAGCUGCUUCUCAAUGCCACUGGGUAUGCCACGUCUCAGAAAUGGGAUCUUCUGGAGCGGCAAAUCCGCUAUUUUCUUCCACGCGACGUGCAAGACGAGCUUGAAACGCUUGAAAUCGGCGUCCCUGCCCUCAAUCCCGUUUGUCAAAGUGAAAGCACUACUUAUCUCCGGAUCUUCAGUGCUUCCCGCUCCGCAGGCCCUGUCGCUGCAGUAUCCAAGGCCAUGAAAGAUAUUUCUCUCAAGCACUUCUCCGGUUUCCAUACUACUCUAGACACCCGAACCUCUAUCCCACGCCCAUUCCUAGCAUACUACCCGGCUCUUGUCAAUCAGUCUGACCUCACCGAAUCAAUUAAUCUCCUGGAGGGAAAUAAAACAGUCUCUUUCGAUACCGGCCAUCCUCGACAAUACAAGCCCCUUGCUGGAAGAGAAAGCUACGACCCAGACCACACCGUGCCAUUUACCGGAGACUCCAAAUCCCUCCGUCUCGGCGACAUCACCCUCGCCCGCUCCGGCGACAAAGGCGGAAACCUCAAUUUUGGAAUAUUCCCCAAAGCCAAAGAGCAGUGGUCCUGGCUGCGCUCGUAUAUGAGUAUUGCCAGGAUGAGGAACCUUCUGGGUCAGGACUGGAGGGACGAAUAUCAUAUCGAGCGUGUUGAAUUUCCGCGCAUACAGGCUGUACAUUUUGUCAUCUAUGGCAUUCUGGGAAGGGGAGUUAGUAGUUCUAGUCGGUUGGACGGGUUUGGGAAGGGGUUUGCAGAUUAUACUCGGGAUAAGGUUGUUGAUGUUCCUGUUGAUGUUCUGUAG